AUGGGCAAUAUUUGCAACAAAGAUUCAACUCCAGCACCUUCUAUUCCCAGACUCCGCCGUAAAAAGAGCCGACUGCCCACCUAUAACUGUGACAUUACAACACAAUAUGAAAUCGGUAAAGUUAUUGGAAUGGGAAACUUUGGAGCGGUUAGAAUUGGGUACCCGAAAAAAAAUCCUACUCACAAAGUUGCAAUAAAAUCUAUAGAUAAAGCUCGAGUCCGCUGUAUUAGCCAAUUGCAUUUAGAAGUUGAAAUUCUUUCAAGUUUGGAUCACCCAAAUAUAAUAAAGCUCCAUGAAAUUUAUGAAGGGAAAAGAUUCUAUCACAUUGUAAUGGAAUAUUGUACAGGCGGAGAUUUGAUGGAUAAAAUGUUAAAAAAAGUAAAUUUUACAGAAAAAGAAGCAGGGGAAAUCAUGAAAAAAAUUUUAGGAAUUGUUAAUCAUUUACAUAAAGUAAAUAUUUGCCAUAGAGACUUGAAAUGUGAAAAUUUCAUGUACGAAGAUGAUGAGCCAAAUUCCGAGCUCAAAUUAAUUGACUUUGGGCUGUCAAAAAAAUUCAGAAACUCCUCUAAUAAAAUGAGCUCAAUUGUAGGAACUCCAUAUUAUGUAGCUCCUGAAGUCCUUAAAGGGGUCUAUGGCCCUGAAUGUGAUUUAUGGAGUGCUGGAGUUAUCAUGUAUGCCCUUUUGUGUGGAAAUUUCCCCUUUUAUGGCGAAAACAAAGUUAAAAUUUUUAAACAAAUCAUGGAUGGGAAUUUUGAGUUUACAGAUAGCAUUUGAAAAGAAAUCAGUGGACUGGCAAAGGACUUAAUCCAUCAACUAUUAACAGUUGAUGUAAGUAAUAGAAUUACCGCAGAAAAUGCCUUACAUCAUCCAUGGUUCAAGUACUUAGAAAUGAACCAUUCUCAGAGGAUUAAUCCAAAAAUCAUCGAUAGUUUUCGCAGAUUUCGGGUUAAAAGUACUUUUCAAAGAGAAGCUAUGGGCUUUUUAGUAAGAGAUCUAGAGUCAUAUCAGAUUGCAGAUCUAAAAGAAGCCUUUUUAUCAUUAGAUAAAAAUAAUGAAGGAUUUUUGACGCUUCAGGAUAUUGAAGAUGCGUUGAAAGAUGACAAUUAUAACAAUAUUAAUAAAGAGCUGGAGAUUUGUUUUCUAAAUGCAGAUGGAAAUGGAGAUGGGAGAUUAAGCUAUUCUGAGUUUUUAGCAGCUACCUUAGCAGCUAAAGAUAUAAACCUUUAUGGCUAAUUACAUAAGCACGAAUAAAUUAUUUUUAAUUUUUUUUUAGAUAGUAAAAUUGAGAUUUAAAAGCUAAUUUAGUAAAAAAUUAUAGUGGAUGAAGACCUCUUGUUAAGAAUUUUUAAGCAUUUUGAUGUCAAGGGCAAUGGAAAAAUCACAGCAGAGUCCUUUGAAGAAGCCAUUAAAAGAAGUGGCAGAAAAGGAAUUGAUGGAGAAAAAGCGAUUGCAGAAGUCGAUUCUAAAGACAAAGGAUAUAUUAGUUUUGAUGAAUUCAAAGAAAUUCUCAAAAUUGAGUCAUUAAAUUAA